AUGGACGUCAAGUGCCCCGGAUGCUUCACCAUCACCACCGUCUUCUCGCACGCCAACACAGUCGUCGUCUGCCAGGGCUGCUCGCAGGUCCUGUGCCAGCCAACUGGUGGCAAGGCGCGGUUGACCGAGGGCUGCUCUUUCCGAAGGAAGUAG